GGGUAGCGUAUACAUGCAUAGCCGGUACUUAAUACUCCGUACAUUGCAUCCGUAUGUGUGCCUACGGAAUACAACCAAGAUUGAAAACAACGCCUAUUUCCGAUCAUCAUUCCCGCUGCUCACGUCUCCCCGCAUGAAGCGAGCCAGCUCAGGUACUAGCAGGGACCCCAUCCCGGGGGCCCCGGACAACUCCCGAGCCUCCCUCGUUCCAACGUCGUCGCCGGACACUUCUCCGCUCAAACCUAACACGAUGCGACGACUAACAGCAUCGAUGCCGCAAACAUCGUCAUCUUCUGGCGAAUUGAAUCUCGUAACAUUGCGGAGCCGCACCACCUUUUCGCGGGGACUCCACUGCGAGAAGCAAGCUAUGGCUUGAGUGGGGGAGCAGGUUUGUCUCGAAUCGGACCAGCAGCGGCGUCAUGGGGUUGUGGACAAACGCCAGCAUGACCCCCACCUAGGCCUGGCUGGCGUGGAUUCGUGGGGUUAAGGUGCCGCCAGUGGAGAUGUUUGACAUCGUGAGCCCUUCGCGGGG